UCCUACUCUCCAAUGGUCAACGCCGCAUGUAAAAGUUUACUAACUAGCCUGGUCUCGUCUCCAAGGUUUGGUUUCUGAAUCUCGCACUCAGCUGCUUACCACGUCCUGCGGCGAUGCUCUCAAGUUCUUGUUCGCCCACUUAAUUCACUCCCAAAUGCUAACCAGAUUCGUCAGUACAUGUCACUACUAUAAAUACACAUGUGCAUGUUAACACAUCACCAGAGGCGUACCUAACCAUCACCUGCAAGUCCGCGGCAUCACAUCAGCUCACCCUGCCGGCCGGAACACAUGGCCAUGGCUAAGCCGGUCCUGAGCUUGCUCGUGCACCUGCACGCCGCCCUCCUGUUCGUCCCGGACCCGGCCGCCGGCGCAAUGUACAACGUGCUGCGCUACGGCGCUCGCGCGGAUGGCGUGACGGACUCGGCGGGGCCGUUCCUCCGCGCGUGGGCCGACGCGUGCCGCUCGCCCACGCCGGCCACCGUGUACGUGCCACCCGGCCGGUUCCUGGUGGGGCUCGCCACGUUCUCCGGCCCGUGCAGCAGCCGCGCCGUGACGUUCUCCAUCGCCGGCACGGUCGUCGCCCCCGAGGGGUAUGGCGGCCGCGGCUCGUCCGGCAGGUGGAUCACGUUCGAGAACGUGGAGGGCUUGACCGUCUCCGGCGGCACCCUCGACGGCCGCGGCGGGGCGCUCUGGGCAUGCAAACGGCGGAGGCACGGCGGCUGCCCGACCGGCGCGUCGUCGCUGACGAUCUCGAACUCGAGGGACGUGGUGGUGGACGGGGUGCGGUCGGUGGACAGCGAGCUGUUCCACGUGGUCGUGCUGCAGUGCCGCGGCGUGACGGUGCGCGGGGUGACGGUGGAGGCGCCGGCGGACAGCCCGAACACGGACGGGAUACACGUCCACAUGUCCAGCCAUGUGUCGGUGUACGACGCCAGAAUCCACACCGGCGACGACUGCAUCUCCGUCGGGCCGGGGAACUCACACCUCUGGAUCGAGCGCGUCGCCUGCGGCCCCGGCCACGGCAUCAGCAUUGGGAGCCUGGGCAUGCAGCAAGGCAUGGCAGUGGAGGCGGUGCAGAACGUGACGGUGAAGACGACGUGGUUCACCGGCACGAUGAACGGUCUGAGGAUAAAGACAUGGGGCGGCUCCAAGCGCGGGUUCGUCAGGGGCGUCACCUUCAUGGACGCCACCAUGUCCGGCGUCGACAACCCCAUCAUCAUCGACCAGAACUACUGCCCCAACGGCAGAGGCUGCCCCAGAAUGAGUUCGAGUAUCAAGAUCAGCGAGGUGAAGUACGUGGACAUCCGGGGGUCGUCGGCGACGCCGGUGGCGGUGAACUUCGACUGCAGCCGGAGCAACCCGUGCAGCGGCAUCAGCCUGCAGGACGUGGCGCUGACGUACCGGAACCGGGUCGCCAAGUCGUACUGCCAGAACGCGCAGGGGAUCACUCUUGGGCUCGUGCUGCCCCCGAGCUGCCUCUGAGAUAACGAACCGGACAGUAGCAUAAUCACGUGUAUAUAUAUACAUACGUCGAAUGUAUAGUACUUACGAUCGUAGAUGAAUAGUGGAACAUCUGUUGGUUCUUCUCUCUCUCUUCCUAUUGUAAGAUGAGUGACUGGGUACAUAUAAAAGUCACUUAGAAUCGGAUUUCACGUUUAAUUAUCUAACAUCAUCUAAUAAAUAAGACAGUGCAAUCUGCGCAGC